AACAAACAGUCGCCCCAAGACGAAGAGUGAAGAUGAAGAAAAACCACAAUCAUCACACCUUCAUCAAAGCCAAAGAGAUGAGAGCACAGAGGUGGAGCUUCUAUCCACCAACUCACCUGAACACAGAACACUGAAAACAGAAAGUAAUGGAGAUGACUGUGGAGGAUCAAAAACUGCCAGCAACUCAGAUUUGCAACCAGAUACUGAAGAUGUACAGCAGUUGUUGGUGAUUAAAGAAGAAUUUCUCUCUGGACAGCAGGAGUGGAAUCUGGGUGUUGACCAGGAGGACAUUAAAGAGGAAGAAAAACUCUGGAUCAGUCAGCAAGGAAAGCAACUUCAGCAUUUGGAGGAUGAUGAUCUCACUAAGUUCCCUUUCCCUGCUGUCCUUGUGAAGACUGAAAAUGAUGAUGAAAAACCACAAUCACUGUUUCAUCAAAGCCAGAGUGAUGAGAGCACAGAGGCUGAGCCUGUAGCCAGCAGCUCACCUUUAUACAGAGCACUGACAGCACAAGUUGAUGGAGAGGACUGUAGAGGACCACACCCAGCCAGCAACUUUGGUCCACAUAGUCCUUUACAUCCAGAUACCAAUGGUAAGAGUUCAGACAGUUCUGAAACAGAGACUGAUGACAGUUAUGAUUGGAAACAGACCAGAAACUUUCAUUCAGGCUUUAACUAUCUGAAAAACACCAGUGUCUCUGUUAGUUCUAGCAGUUGCAACAUUGCUAAGAAACAAAUUAAAAGCUGUGAAUGUGGAAAAGCAUGUGAUCACAUGAACUAUUCAAACCAAGACAAGGGAAGGCAAGCAAGUGAUAAACAAUUUACCUGCCCUAAAUGGGGUAAACUGUGGAGACAAAAGAGCACUCUGAAAAGACAAAUGAGAAUUCAUACAGGUGAGAAACCAUUUGGCUGUUAUGAGUGUGGUAAAAGAUUUGGUGAAAGGGGCAGUCUACUCAUACACACGAGAAGUCAUACGGGAGAGAAACCAUUUGGUUGUCCUGAGUGUGGCAGAAGAUUUGGACAGAAGGGUCAUCUGAUCAUACACAUGAGGCGUCAUACGGGAGAGAAACCUUUCAGCUGUUCUGAGUGUGGUAAAAGAUUUUGUGAAAGUGGAAGUCUGGUCAUACACAUGAGAAGUCAUACGGGAGAGAAACCAUUUGGCUGUUCUGUGUGUGGUAAAAGAUUUCCAACAAAGGGCCAUCUGGUCAGACACAUGAGAAUUCAUACAGGAGAGAAAAAAUUUUGCUGUAUGGAGUGUGGUAAAAGAUUUGGUCGGAAGUGCACUCUGAAUACACACAUGAGAAUUCAUACAGGAAACAAACCAUUUGGUUGUUUUGAGUGUGGUAAAAGAUUUCGAGCAAAGGGCCAUCUGACCAGACACGUGAGAAUUCAUAAAGGUGAGAAAACGUUGAGCUGUUCUGAAUGCGAUAAAAGAUUUGGACAAAAGUGCUUUCUGAGCACACACAUGAAAACUCAUACUGGAGAGAAAACAUUUGCCUGUUCUGAGUGUGGUAAAAGGUUUGGUCAAAAGUGCAAUCUGGACAGACACAUGAGAAGUCACACAGGAGAGAAGACAUUUGCCUGUUCCAAGUGUAGUUUAAGGUUUGGUCAAAAGUGCAAUCUGGAGAGACACUGGAGAACUCACACAGGAGAGAAAACAUUUGCCUGUUUUGAGUGUGGGAGAAGGUUUGGUCAAAAGUCCGAUCUGAACAGGCACAUAAGAAUUCACACAGGAGAGAAAACAUUUGCCUGUUCUGAGUGCAGUAAAAGGUUUGGUCAAAAGUGCGAUCUAAACAGGCACAUGAGAAUUCAUACAGGGAAAGAAAGAAAGAAAGAGAUAUUGAUCCAUUAA